UUUACAUCUUGACAGUCAACUACCAUCCUUUGCUUAACGUUCUUCUACCACACACUCACUCACCAUGGCCGCAGUAGCGACAAACCCGCCAGUCUCGCAAGGCUUUUAUAAGCCUGAAGAAAAUGUCUUCUGCAACGAUGGCCGCGAAGACCAGCUCCUCCAGUUCAUAACCUCGCACCCCCAACUCUCCGCGAUCCGCAACUCCCCCGAGGCCGUCCUGGCCGCCAUUGACGAGUUCGCCCGCACCAAAGACUUUCUGAUGAACGUGGGCCCUCACAAGGGCACCAUAAUCACCGACAUCAUCGCUACCGAGCGGCCCAGCUCUAUCCUCGAAAUCGGCGGCUACGUCGGCUACUCGGCUAUCAUGUUUGGCAACGCCAUGCGUAACACGGGCGUCCCAAACCCCCGCUACAUCAGUCUCGAGAUGAACCCGAAGUUCGCGGCUGUCUCGCGCGCCCUCGUUGAGGUUGCAGGGCUCAGUGAAGUCGUUGAUAUCCAGGAGGGGCCUUGUCGGGCAUCCUUGCAGCGUCUGGCGGCCGAGCGUGCGAACUCCGGCUCCGGCUCAACGAAAUGGGACAUGUUGUUCCUGGAUCAUUCGAAGAUUUCGUAUCUGAAUGAUCUGAAGUUAGCAGAGGAGCUGGGUAUCGUGGCUCCUGGGUCCAUUGUCAUUGCGGAUGAUAUGAAGAGACCCGGAAACCCGAUGUAUUCGGAUUAUGUGAGGGCUGAUACGGCGACUAAGACGAAGGCGUAUGAGCCGUUCGUGGGAUGUUUGUCCGAUGGGGGCAUCUCGUUGGGAAAUCCUCUUUUGGUGUACCAGACAGUGUUGCUGGAAGGGCUGGAGCCGACAGGGCAUAUGGAUGCCGUCGAGAUUUCGCGGUGUGUGGAUUUGGUGGAAAAGAACUAAGCAAUCGGGGAAGAGAAGCUAGAGAAGGAAUGUUACAGUUUAAUGUCGAGUUGAUUUAUACUCUAGCAGCACUUGGAAUCAAGGGACUACUGAAAUUUAAACAAUCUUCUUUCCAUGUCUUCUGCAUCAUCGACUCAAGCAAUCUGGGCAAGCAACUCUCUCACACCCCGACCAACGGUGAAUGCAGCCCCAGGGCC